GUGUGCCAAUCCGGGUCUUGCUGGAGGGCGGGUUCUUCGAAUUUGAAAUCCUAAACUGUGAGGCGCAGGGAAGUUCGCGGGGACUGCGGAUGUCUCUCGCGGCCUGGUCUCCUAGAACCUGUGUCUCCGCGGCCCGAGGCGCAGCAAGUCCGGGGUCGCCCGGGCCCCCUCGGCACGGAGCCGACCCCACCUCGCCCGCCCGCCAGCCCUUCACCAGGUUUAUCUGGACCCCUGCUGAAUUUGUGUCCUGAAACUUGUUUGGGUUGAAUUUUCUGCUAAAGGUGUUUGUUUCCACUAUCUUAUCAAGAUGAUCAUAACACCUUUAAAACAUCCUGGAAAUCACUUGUCUUCAGUAACUUCUCCAAAAAGAAAUAUGCUCAUGGAUGCAGUCUUUAUUGACAACAUUCCUCCAGGCACACUCACUCCUGUGAAAGAUUUGGUGAAAUAUCAGAAUUCCUCUCUAAAAUUUAAUGGCCAUAAAAAGAAUCAGUUCCUAAAAAUGGCAACUUCUAACAAUAGAGGUAUAUUUCAGUCUACCCUGCUGUCAGAUGCUGUUGCCUCUAGCAUUUGUCUUGAUGUCAGCGCUAUAAAUCCCAGCAAGGAUGUAUUGAGAAAUGAAGCAAACUACGACUCACCAGGAAAAAUCUUUCAAAGAAUGAAAGAAAAAGUACAACGUGAAAAGCAAGAACAAGUAUCAAGAAACAUUAGUAUGUUGGAAUCACCAAAAAGGGAGCGUAAUAAAACCUUCCCGUCUCACAGAGAUGAGAAAAGACAGUUGCAGCAUACCUAUAUUUGUGAAGCAAAAAACAGAUCAUUUCAAUCAGUCUCACUCAAAGAAGUUCCUCUGGAAUCAUCAAAUACCUUUUCCAGCAAGCCAAAGAUUCAACACCAGCAGGAAAAGAAGGCACAACAGCACAAUUUAACUUAUGAACUCCCAACUUUGAACCAAGAGCAAGAAAAUAUUUCAGUUGCAGGAUUCUCAAACAAGGAAUUAACUAGAGCUCAGCUAACAGAACAAAUUCUUCAAGUAAGAGAAGAUACAGUUGAAACAACUAUGUUCAAAAAGAACACAUUUGUUUUAGAAGAUGUUGAUUCAGCUUACAAAAAUUUCAAAACAACCACUAUUAAGACUCUUAAUGCUAACUGUGUUCCUAUUAAAAAUGGUAACCAAUCGGUGGUUCCUGACAGUGAAAUAACAGAAGGGAGUUCACAAGAGACUAAGGAACACAGUGGAAAAACAGUGUCCAGAGGAACUAGACUUCAAGAUUCCAUGAAAGAUACAUGCAAAAUUAUACUUGCAAGUCCAAGACUUCAUGUAACAAUACCUCGUAGGUCACCAAGAAAUGUUACAAACUCUUCUCCAACUAUUAUAAAUGAUGCUAAAAAACUUCAAACUAUUACAAAUGAAGUUAAAAAAUCUCAGGUCAUCCAGCUACAAGAAUGGAUGAUUAAGGUCAUCAAUGAUAACACUGCUAUCUGUGUAGAAGGAAAGCUGGUAGACAUGACUAACAUAUAUUGGCACAGUAAUGUAAUUAUACAGCGGAUUAAGCAUAAUGAACUUAGGACUUUAUCAGGCAACAUUUAUAUAUUAAAAGGAUUGAUAGACCAGAUUUCUAUGAAAGAAGCAGGAUAUCCCUAUUGUCUCACAAGGAAAUUUAUGUUUGGAUUUCCAAAAAAUUGGAAGGAACACAUUGAUAAUUUUCUUGAACAAUUAAGAGCUGAUAAAAAGAACAGGAAAAAAGUCAGAGAGAAACAGAAAACUGCAAGCUUUGACCGUGAUAAAGGAAAAUCAAUGAAAAGUGAUGAAGAAAACCAAACAAAUGUUCUCCAAAAGGCCAGCACCAGUAGUGACAUUAAUUGUGACAAUCCUGAAGUAAAGAAGAAUAAGCAUAGUGGGUUGCCAGGAGCUGCAGAAGUAAAUAUUGGGAGUAGUAAUUGUCAGAAUCAACAACCACUAAAACUCCCACAUGACCAGGAAUUAAUUGGAAAAACAGAGUAUAAAAAAUUGCCUUCAAAGAAACUUGUGAAUUAUGAAGAAAUAAAUGAAAGAAUAAUUAAAAGUCAGAAUCAAGAGAGACCUGAAGAGUUACAUAUAUCCAAUGACAUCUUAAACUCGCGGCAACAGUUUUCCUCAGAUAAAACGAGAAAACAUGUGAACAUCAGUCAGAAGGAAGCUUAUGUUUUAUUAACACCACUAAAAUCUAAAGCAGUGAUAGAGCAAAGAUGCAUGAAGUAUAAUCUCUCCUCCGAGAACAUUAAAGCAAUUACCGAGGUUUCAGUACCCAGAUUUAAAGAAGAUCAAGUAGAUGAAGCUGUGAGUUCCUCCAGUAAGUCCAAAAAGACUUCAGGAAAUACAUUUGAGCAUAGUGUGGUUCAUAAAAGUAAAACCAUGGAAGAUUGCAAUGAUUGUAAUUUACACACUGUCAACCAGAAAAUUAGCAUGCCUAACCAUAAAAAUGAACAACAGAUGGACAGCAAUAACGUUAAGAAAAAUACCAGGUUGAAUAAAAAUGCAAAUAAAGCAGUUGUAUCUUACAGUCAUCAGUUUUCAUCAGAUUUUUCUAGUGAAGAGAGUGAAACAGAAAAAAUAAUUAGAAGUAAGACUGGAGUUAAGAAAACCAGAGCAAAAACUACAAAUAAAAGAGUGGUUCACCCAAGAAGAAAUGCUGGCAAUACUACAAAGGAUAUCCUACUGAUUUCAGACUCUGAGAGUGAAACUGAAAUUUAUAUCAAGAGAAAGAAAGCUAGAUCUUCUGCUAAAGAAACGCUUCCAAAAUCUGAUGUUAGGAAAGAUUUUCCAAUUGGCAAGGGGAUGAAAUCUGAUAAGCUUAAUAGGCAACCCUUAAAAUGUUUGCCUGGCUUAGCUGAUGAGGAGGAAUGGAAUGAAGAGGAAUUACAGAAACUUCAUUGCGCUUUUGCAUCUUUUCCAAAGCACAAACCUGGUUUCUGGUCAGAUAUAGCUAUGGCAGUAGGCUCUCGGACUGCUAAGGAAUGCCAGAUGAAAUACAUGGAAGACCCUCAAGAAAAUGGAUCCCGAAAACAUGUCUCUAAGAAAAAGCAAGCCAAUUCCAAAGUCCAGAAUGAUGAGAAUCUUGCUGAUAAGAAGCAGACUGUUAAGAUAACUGCCAAGGUGGGGACUCUUAAAAGGAAACAACAAAUGAGGGAUUUUCUGGAACAGUUGCCAAAAGAUGAUCAUGAUGAUUUUUUCAGCGAUACACCAUUGUGUAAUCAAGGAGUAAUGUUACCAAGUUUCCAGUACAGUCAAGAUGAUGAUUUUCUGUCAAAUAUGGACAGAAAUCCAGCAUCUCCAUCAUCAGUUAUCUUUCCUUUGGCAAAAACCCCUCAAUGUCAGCAUGUCAGCCCUGGUAUGCUAGCCUCUAUAAAAAGGGAUGAUUGUGAUAAAUAUGUUUAUCAUAUGCAAAAAGAGGGCAAGAAAUAUGGCAACAGUAAUGGUGGUCUUGUCUGGGGCAACAUUAAGAAAAAAAAAAUUGCAACAGAUUUCUCAAGUCCAACAACAAGAAGAAAAACCCGAUUUAACCAAGAUUUAGGUGAAAAUUCUGGUAUUGGAAAACUUUUCACUGAUGCCAUGGAAUCCUUAGAUGAGGAAGAGCAAGAUUAUUAUUUCUCAAGUUCUGACUGAGGGGAACAAUAAAUCUAUGGCUGUACCACCCUGAGCACACCUGAUCUCAUCUGAAGGAACAAUGACAAAAUACAAUUUACAGGACUUUUCCCAUGAAGUGAAGUGUAUUUAUAUCUUCAUUGGCAGAAUAGACACUUUCUUUGUAAUGUGGCUUCAUAUGGAAAUAGAGAUUCUUUUUCCAAAAGUAUCUCUUAAUUGUAUUCAAGAAAAAUAUCCUAUAGAAUAUUCCUCAUUGCUUACUGUGCCCAUGUAGAUACUUGUAAAUUUGGUUUUUGUAAUAUUAAAAUUUGUAAAGCUAAGUCUCUUCAAAGCAUCCAAGUUUGUUUACUUCAUCGCGUCUCAAAUAGGUUUUAAAAUGUUUUUAAGAAAAUGCACUUUCCUAGUGAGGAGAAGUGGUAAUGAGAGACUGGAAUUGGCAGCUAUUGAAUUAAUGAAAUCUUUUAGCAUUUUUUACUACCUUUAUUACAGGACAGAGUUCAUCAGCUGUUUAAGGUAUAUGUUGUUGGAACUGUGCAACAUGUUUGUUCUUCUCCUGACUGUCUUAAAGCUUACCACAAGUUGAAACUUCUGUGUCUAACUUACUAUAUUUUUAUUACUAGGUUAGGCAGAUUCUGUUGUAGUCUGAAGCCUUAUUAUAUAUACAGAGACAGCUUAGACCCUGUCUUGAGAUUUAAAAGACCAAAAUAGAUAAACAGGAGUUAAUGUCAUAGUAAAUGUCCUUUUCCUUUUAGACUUUUAGAUUAGUCUGUCAUAGUUUACAGGUUUGAAUUCCUUCUAGUUACAGUCAUCUGCCCUUAUUAUUUAGUUAGGUUGUUCAAAUAAAAUUUUAAGUUUGCUUAUGUAUUUGU